AGCCAAAUUAAUAACAUGGUGGUACAAAAUAUUUUCAUUUUAUCUUUGUUAAUAACAAAUGUACUAUCUGCACCAAGUAACUGCAUAGAAUCUUGUGAUUCUUAUAUUAAACAGUAUCAAACUCAAACUUCUGGUAGUUUUCAAAAUCAUUUUAGUUUAUCACAAAGUGGUUCACAUUUACAAGGUCUUGAUUAUUCUAAACCUGGUACAUGGUCUGAGCAUAAUGACUAUGAUACAGACAAUGGACAUGGAAAAGUGCAUGAAGAACGAGGUCAAUAUGUCGAAGGACCUAAGACAGUAAGGUACUAUAAGAAAAAUUAUACUUCUUCUCACAAUACAAACUAUCCAAAUGGUGAAGAAUUAUUAAGACUUGAACAUCAAAAUAAUAAAUAUAAUACACAUAUACCUACUCAAAACUCCUAUAAUAAAUUAGGUAAUACUGAAUCAGUUGCACAACAAUAUAAAUACAAUAGAACGCAGAAUCAACAGUACACUCAGUCAUUACAUAGACAAAGUAAAACCCAAAGUGAAAGACUUGAAGAUCUUGGAGAAUAUAGUGGAGGUACUUUACAAACAAAUGCACAAAGUGCAUCUGUUUUGACCACACAAAAUUCACAAGAACCUUAUCAUAUCAAUACACAGCCUGAAAAUUGGAGUAGAUCAUAUGAAACUGAUGGAGGGCAUGGCCGUGUUUUUGAAGAACAGGGUCAUUACGUAUCAGGAGAUAAAAAUGUUCGUUAUUAUAAAAGAAAUUAUACUUCCAAUUAUAGUUCAUCUGAUGGAACUCCUAUUCCUGAAACUAUUAAAACUGGAAUGCAAGAUAUACAAAGUGAAAUAGAGAAACUUCAUACAGAAUUUGGAAAAGAAUACAAUCAUAUUUCUACAGCAAAAUCCAUAGGAUCUAGUAAUAUAGCACAAACACGUGUUAAUACUCAUGGUUUAUCGACCAGUUCUAUAUACAAUAUAAAUAAUAAUAAUUAUAAAGAUCAAAAUGAUAGAAAUAUCUUAUCUGCAACAAAUCGUAAUGAAGAACAACAUACCUCAGUCAAAACAAAUCAACAUUUACCUUAUAGUAAUCCUUAUCAAAAUAGUUAUGGUACAAAUAGUUACAGUACAUAUGAAAAGCAUGGAGGAUAUGCAACGAAAUUUCAACCAACUAGCCAACUUAUUAAUCCUACAUCAUAUACUACAAAUGUACUAACUACUGGAGACAGUGAUUACAAAAAGAAUAUAUUUAGUGAGUCAACCUCACAACAUCUAACAGAUAACUUAGAAACAGAAAUUUUAGAUGAACACCAAUCAAAACUUGUUCGGAAUCAGAUGUUCCUUGACAAUUUAAGAAAUAAUGGACAGAGACAAGAUAGACUAAUUCAAUCAGGCCCACCAGGUCAUAAAACUUAUUACAAAGAACACUGGACAUCUAGUCAUACAAAAGAAGCAUCCGUUCCUCACCAUUCUAUAGAUAUUUCACAUAUAAACCAGCACAGUCUCCCAUAUAAUAAUAAUCAAUAUGAAAACAGCCAUAAUUUACAUCAAGGAAUACAACAAGAAACCAGUAAUUUAUAUAAAUUUGAGGAAAAUGGUUACAAUAACAUAAGAAAAAAACCAUUAGGAAAAUUAAUAUUUGGGACAAGUGAGGAGCAGAUAAGUGGAGGAGCAGAUGUUGUAGAUUGUACACAUAAUUCACAACAAUCAUAUGGUAGUUCCCAGAAGCAAACAAGGUAUAAGCGUAACGUGAACUAUGAUAAACAAGAAGGAGUACAACAAAGAGAAAGUAAACUUUUUAAUAAUGAUUAUACACAGGAAACAUUACAAUCUCCUUAUCUUACACAGCAAACUUCCAAAAUCCAAAAACUUCAGCAAAAUUUAGAACAAUCAUAUCAAACAUGGAAACCAGGAAGUGCUAAUCAACAAUUAGAAGACCUGACGCAAAAAACAGAUGGAUCAGAUGACCUUACACAACAAACUGCAGGCAAACUAGAAUUUGGCCCGGAAACACAACAAUCUUAUCAACCUUGGAAAGCAGGAAGUUCCAAUCAAAGAUUAGAAGACCUUAUGCAAACAACACAUGGAUCUGAUGACCUUACACAACAAACUGCUGGAAAUCUUGAAUUUGGUCAGGAAUCGCAACAAUCUUAUCAACCUUGGAAGUCAGAAACUGCCAAUGAACGAUUAGAAGACCUCACACAAAAAACAGAUGGAUCUGAUGACCUCACACAACAAACUGCUGGAAAUCUUGAAUUUGGCCAAGAAUCACAACAAUCUAAUCAACCCUGGAAACGAGCAAGUUACAACCAAAGAUUAGAAGAUCUUAUGCAAACAACACAUGGAUCUGAUGACCUUAGACAACAAACUGAUGGAAAUCUUGAAUUUGGUCAGGAAUCACAACAAUCUUAUCAACCUUGGAAACCAGAAAUUGCCAAUGAACGAUUAGAAGACUUGACACAAAAAGCAGAUGGAUCUGAUGACCUUACAGAACAAACUGCAGGCAAACUAGAAUUUGGCCAGGAGUCACAACAAUCUUAUCAACCUGGGAAACCAGAGAGUUCCACACAACAAUUAGAAGAUCUGAUGCAAAAAACAGAUGGAUUUGAUGACCUUACACAACAAACUGCAGGCAAACUAGAAUUUGGCCAAGAAUCACAACAAUCUUAUCAACCUUGGAAACCGGAAAGUGCCAAUGAACGAUUAGAAGACCUGACGCAAAAAACAGAUGGACCUGAUAACCUUACACAACAAACUGCUGGAAACCUUGAAUCUGACCAAGAAUCACAACAAUUUUAUCAACCAUGGAAACCAGAGAGUUCCACGCAACAAUUAGAAGAUCUGACGCAAAAAACAGAUGGAUCUGAUGACCUUACACAACAAACUGCAAGCAAACUAGAAUUUGGCCAGGAAUCACAACAAUCUUAUCAACCUUCAAAACCAGAAAGUGCUCAUGAACGAUUACAAGAGCUGACGCAAAAAACAGAUGAAUUUGAGGGUCUUACUCAACAAAGCACUGGAAAUCUUGAAUCUGUCCAGGAAUCACAACAGUCUUAUCAACCUUGGAAACUAGGACGUGCUAACGAUCGAUUAGAAGACCUGACACAAAAAACAGAUGGAUCUGAUGACCUUACACAACAAACUGCAGGCAAACUAGAAUUUGGCCAGGAAUCACAACAAUCUUAUCAACCUUCAAAACCAGAAAGUGCUCAUGAACGAUUACACGAGCUGACGCAAAAAACAGAUGAAUUUGAGGAUCUGACACAACAAAGCACUGGAAAUCUUGAAUCUGACCAGGAAUCACAACAGUCUUAUCAACCUUGGAAACUAGGACGUGCUAAUGAUCGAUCAGAAGACCUGACGCAAAAAACAGAUGGAUUUGGUGACCUUACACAACAAACUACUGGAAACCUUGAAUCUGACCAGGAAUCACAACAAUCUUAUCAACCUUGGAAACCAGAAAGUGCCAAUCAACAAUUGGAAGACUUAACACAAAAAACAGAUGGAUUUCAUGACUUUACACAACAAUCUGCAGGAAAACUUGCAUUUGGUCUGGAAUCACAACAAUCUUAUCAACCUUGGAAGCCAGGAAGUGCCAAUCAACAAUUGGAAGACUUAACACAAAAAACAGAUGGAUUUGAUGACCUUACACGACAAACUACUGGAAACCUUGAAUCUGACCAGGAAUCACAACAAUCUUAUCAACCUUGGAAAGCAGGAAGUUCCAAUCAAAGAUUAGAAGACCUUAUGCAAACAACACAUAGAUCAGAUGACCUUACACAACAAACUGCUGGAAAUCUUGAAUUUGGUCAGGAAUCGCAACAAUCUUAUCAACCUUGGAAGUCAGAAACUGCCAAUGAACGAUUAGAAGACCUGACGCAAAAAACAGAUGGAUCUGAUGACAUUACCCAACAAACUGCUGGAAAACUUCAAUUUAGCCAGGAAUCACAACAAUCUUAUCAACCUUGGAAACCAGAAAGUGCCAAUCAACAAUUGGAAGACUCAACACAAAAAACAGAUGGAUUUGAUGACCUUACACAACAAUCUGCAGGAAAACUUGCAUUUGGUCUGGAAUCACAACAAUCUUAUCAACCUUGGAAACUGGAAAGUGCCAAUGAACGAAUAGAAGACUUUAUACAAAAAACAGAUAGAUCUGAUGACAUUACACAACAUACAGCUGGAAACCUUGAAUUUAAUCGAGCAUCGCAACAAUUGUAUCAAUCUUGGAAACCAAGUGCUACUCAUCUUAUUCAACAGUUAGACGAUAUGACUACAGAGCAUGAUCUUGGACCACAUUCUGUUAAACCUGCUGUAAAGCCAAGACCUAGAUCAAGGUAUUCCAGAUUUGGGACAUCAGUAAACGUGCAGGUGCCAAAUCAAAAUGCUCAUAAUAUUGAUAGUCCAAAUGUUGUGAAUCCUAAUGGUGAAGAUACAAUACCGGAUAUAUACGAGUUACCUCCAGAAGUUGGUAUAGGAACUGGUACUGAUAAUUCUCGCAAUACAAAUGCAAGACAAUUGCAAAUGACACAAGAUGUAGUUUCUAAAAAUUUCAAUCAACAAACUGGUAGUACUGGAUAUGACAUUGAGGGAGGGAAUGUAGACCAAGUAAAUUUACUACAUAAGUCGAAUGAUGCAACAGUGGGUUUACAAUGGCAUUAUACAUAUCAUCCAAGUGAUCAAAGGCAAUUUGUACAACAAACAGAUCAAAAGAAUAAAGAAGGUUUGCAACAGCAAUCAAAAAUACAAUUCUCCAAUUUAGAACAAAAUUUAAAUCAGGAAAUACAAAAUAAAUAUACAGCUAAUAAUCCACAUCAACAAUUAGAAUUACCAAAGCAAUCUGAGAAUUAUGCAUUCAGACCAGGAAUUAUUCCUAUAAAAAGGACAUUUAAUUAUGAUCAAACAGAAAAUAAAUUAAUAAUUGAUCAGCAAUUAGGAGGAAAUGGAGAUCUAGAAAAAUAUGUUACAACUUCUGAAUCUGAACCUAAACCAAUACCAAGAAUUUUAGAAACUUAUGGAGGUGGACAAUAUGAUCCAACUAUUGGCGAUGAUAUAUAUUCAAAAGUGACAAUAAAUCCUAGUGCUACAUUAUCAUCUAUAAAUAAUAUGGAUUCAUGGGAUAUUAGAGAAAAGCCAGAAGCAACAACAACAGCAAAUGAAUUAACACCUCCCCCAUUACCUGUAAAGCCUUUAGAUAUAAAUGUUACUACCGAAGCACCACAUUCAUCAUCUUUUUGGUCACGAGUUGGUCAUAAAAUAACAUCUACUUUUGGCAAAGCUAAAGAAAAGGCUAAAAAUAUUUUUGGUUAA